AUGCCCAUAUCCACCAAAAUCCAGCUGGACCCGCGCGAGCGGCGCCUGCGCGACCUCCUCGUCGACGUCGCGGGGUCCGUCGACGGCCCGCGGCCCGUCGUCCUGCGCUGGGCCGGCGGCUGGGUUCGCGAUAAGCUGCUCGGCUCCGCGAGCCACGACAUUGACGUCGCCAUCGACACCAUGACCGGCGGCCAGUUCACCGCCCACCUGCGCGAGCACUGCCAGCGGCCCGAGGUCGUCGCCGUCCACAACCUCGCCCCCGGAGACGUCGGCAGCCCGCACACCGUCGCCCGCCAGCCCGACAAGUCCAAGCACCUCGAGACGGCCAUCCUGCGCCUCUUCGGCCUCGACCUCGACUUUGUCAACCUCCGCAAGGAGACGUACGCAGACGACAGCCGCAACCCGCAGAUGGAGUUUGGCACCGCCGAGGAGGACGCCAUGCGCCGCGACGCCACCAUCAACGCCCUGUUCUACAACCUCAACACCGAGGAGGUGGAGGACUUUACCGGUGGCUUGGCUGACAUGGAACGGAGAAUAAUUCGGACACCGCUAGAACCGCUGCAGACCUUUAAAGACGAUCCCCUGCGUGUGCUACGUCUGGUGCGCUUUUCGAGUAGGCUCGACUUUGCCAUUGAUGAGAACACAAGAAAAGUCAUGGCCGAUGAGACUGUGUUGGAGGCUUUAAAAGUCAAGAUUAGUCGCGAACGUGUCGGUCAAGAGCUUGAAAAGAUGCUUCAAGACAAGCAUCCUCGUUUGGCCCUGCAGCUCAUCGAUGACAUUGGCCUGUACCAUGCCAUAUUCACGGACCCCGCCCGCCCGGGUCUGGAGCAGCCUGACAUCACCAGAUGGCCCGUCGCCUACAACGGCCUCGACGACAUGCUGCAAACGCAGACACCCGGGUCCAUCGCCGCCACCCUCACGCACACCGACGAGCAGCGCUGGAUCGCGUGGAACCUCGCCGCUGUCAGCCCCUGGCUGCGCAUCGCUGACCCGCCCGGCACCAAGAAGAAGGCCAACGCGCUGCCGCCCGUCGGUGUCGUGGCGCGCGAGGGCUACAAAGCCGCCAACAAGCUCACCGAUAUCAUGGCCGCCUCCCACCGCCACCUCGCCGAGAUCCUCGACCUCAAGGCCGCCGUGCUCACCGGCGCGCCGCACGUCCACGAGCGCGACCGCCUCGGCAUGGCCAUCCGCCGAUGGGACGCGCAGGGCGGCUCCUGGCGGCUGCAGGUGCUCGCGGCGGUGUUCGCCGAGGUCCUUGAGCGGCUGAGCGUCUGGCCCAGCGGUAACGGAGGUGAGCACGCGUCAGCGCGUGACGCGUUCGUCGCCGAGUGGCAAAAGUUCCUGGACCACCUGGUUGAGAUGGACGUCAUGGACGCGCCGCAGCUGAAGCGUCUGGUCGACGGCCGCGAGCUCGCCAAGGCGCUGGGCGUCAAGCCGGGGAAGUGGACGGGCCAGGCGCUCGACGUGUGCGUCGCGUGGCAGCUGCGGAACCCGGACGAGACGGACCCCGCGCCGGCUAUUGAGGAGGUGAAGCAGCGAAGAAAAGAGCUGGGCAUCCCGGAUGCUCGAUGA